CCAGCAUUUCAUAAGACGUUGCUUGGAAAACGGAAGUAGAGUGACGCAUUAAACUCCUGUCGCGGAAUUAAAAGCUGAAAUCUGUUCCUGAAAAUCUGUUCCUGAGUUUCAUUCUGCGAAUUGAGAUGCUCACGUGGAAACUUAUUACCUGGAAAGGUGUUGACUAGUUGUCAAGGCCACGGUCAUCUAGUGCCCACAUAGAGCGACGUGCUGUGUUGGAGUAAAUGUUUUCACUGUUGUUGUAUGUGAAGGAAGUAAACAGGUGAAGAUCAGCUGCUGCAGACUGAGGAGAGCACAGGCUGGCAGCAUCUUCUGAAACAUCAUGGCUCCACACCCUGUAAUCCAGGCCAUCAUUGACUUCACAGCGGGAGCAAUAGGCGGUACGGCUUGUGUGCUGAGCGGUCAGCCGUUUGACACCACGAAGGUGAAGAUGCAGACGUUCCCCACCAUGUACCGCGGCUUCAUCCACUGCUUCACUUCGACCUUCAGACAGAUGGGGCUCCGUGGUCUCUACAAAGGCACGACCCCGGCCCUUAUAGCCAACAUCAGUGAGAACGCCGUGCUCUUCUUGAGUUACGGCCUCUGCCAGGACGCAGUCCACCUCAUGACCAGGAUGGAUAAAGGGACAGAACUCAGUGACAUACAGAAAGCAUCAGCAGGGUCUUUAGCCUCCAUCUUCUCUGCCAUGGCCUUAUGCCCCACCGAGCUGGUGAAGUGUCGCCUGCAGGCCAUGCACGAAAUGGAAGCAACUGGCAAGAUUGCGAGCGGGCAGAGGAGCACAGUGUGGACAGUAGUGAAGACGGUCUUGAAGACGAAUGGUCCCCUGGGUUUCUACCAAGGACUGACGUCCACCAUCGUAAGGGAGGUGCCAGGUUACUUCUGCUUCUUUGGGGCCUAUGAACUGUGUCGUUCUACAUUUGCGCAGUACAUGGGCACAGACAAGGAGGGUAUAGGUAUUCUUCCACUCAUGUUCAGCGGUGGUUUUGGGGGAGCUUGUCUUUGGUUGACAGUCUAUCCCAUAGACUGCGUGAAGUCCAGGAUCCAGGUCUACUCCUUAGCUGGGAGGCAAGAGGGCUUCAUGAAAACCGUCACGAGUAUCAUCCGCACUGAAGGGUUCACUGCUCUGUACUCUGGCCUGACUCCUACCAUGAUACGCACCUUCCCUGCCAACGGAGCCCUCUUCCUGGCUUAUGAGUUCAGUCGCAAGUCUAUGAUGGAGACAGUUGGUGCCUGACGUGGAGGAUCUCUCCACUUAAGGCAAGUAUUCUGCUGAAACAAUGGCUUGUCCUCCAGUCCGUUGUCCUUUAAAAUGAUAGAGGUAAAAAAAAAAAGAAAAACUUGUUUUUUUAUGUGUAUCUGUAUUCAGAUAUCUUGUGAGCAACAUGAACACUGUGUGUCCCUACUGUGCUGGCCAUAGUCGUUUUAAAUAAAGUUUUAAUCUUUA